GCCUCCCCAAUCCCCGGGGCGGGGGCGAGGAGCCCACGGGGGCGUCACAGCCCUGUCAGGGCUGGUGGGGACCCGAGGUACUGCCGGCGGGGUCCGUGCGCCAACGGGUGAGCGCGAGGGGGCCGGGGCGGCAGCUCCAGCCCCGCGAGCGCCAGGGCUCCGGCGGCGAGCGUUUCGCAGGAAUGUAAAUGAGCGCGCUCCGUGCGGGGCGGGGGCGGGAGGGGGCGGGAGCGGGGGCGGGUUGCACAUUUUACAGCUCACUGACCAUUUGGCGAGCCAUUGAGCGCCCGGUUUGGAAAAGUGGCUCCUUUGUGGCCGCGCUCGCCAGAUUGGGGGGCUGCCCAUUUGCAUCUCAUCAGCCAUGCGGGCGGCCGGCGCGAUAUAAACGCGGGCGCAGCGCCGGCACGGCCAGGGCGCAGUGGAGACCCAGCCGGGGCGGAGCGGGGCGGGCAGCGCGCGGAGCCGCCUCCCACGCCCGGCGAGCCUGUGCGCGCCGCCGCGGAUGGCACUGGCUGGCUCGGGCCAAGAGACGCGGGCCUCGGCGGUGGCGCAGGAGGCUCGGACGCUGCACGCUCGUUGACACGGCCACUGCCCGGCCGCCGCUACGGCCGCCGGCACCCAGGUAGCGUCUGCGCUCGCGGCCGAAUCACCGCCGCGCCGGGACACGCAGAACCGCGCUCGGAUCGGCUGCGAGGUUUCCUCCGCCGCGCGUACGCGGGCGCGCCCUCCUCCCUCAGUCCAGCCGGGACGCCCGAGACAAAACCAGGAAGGCGAAGACGCUGACCCGCCUGCGCAACUGGGACACUGCGGCGGGCACCCCGCACUGGGCAGAAGGAGCCUGGCGUCAAGCGCGGCCCGGCGGAAGGGACGAGAAGUGGGUGCCAUGGGCCGCCGCGGCGCGCUGGCCCUCGCCAUGGUCUCGGCUCUGCUGUGCCAGGUCUGGAGCUCGGGGGUGUUCGAGCUGAAGCUGCAGGAGUUCGUCAACAAGAAGGGGCUCUUGGGGAACCGCAGCUGCUGCCGCGCUGCCACGGGGCCACCGUGCGCUUGCCGGACCUUCUUCCGCGUGUGCCUCAAACACUACCAGGCCAGCGUGUCCCCCGAGCCACCCUGCACCUACGGCAGUGCCGUCACUCCCGUGCUGGGUGUGGACUCUUUCAGCCUGCCCGAAGGCUCGGGUGCCGACCCCGCCUUCAGCAACCCCAUCCGCUUCCCCUUCGGCUUCACCUGGCCGGGCACAUUCUCCCUCAUCAUUGAAGCUCUGCACACGGAUUCCCCGGAUGACUUGGCCACAGAGAAUCCCGAGCGUCUCAUCAGUCGCCUGGCCACGCAGAGGCACCUGACCGUGGGCGAGGAAUGGUCCCAGGACCUGCACAGCAAUGGCCGCACCGACCUUAAGUACUCCUACCGCUUCGUGUGCGAUGAGCACUACUACGGCGAGGGCUGCUCUGUGUUCUGCCGGCCCAGGGACGAUGCCUUUGGCCACUUCACCUGCGGAGAGCGGGGCGAGAAGGUCUGCAACUCUGGCUGGAAAGGCCAGUACUGCACGGAACCAAUCUGCCUCCCGGGGUGCGACGAGCAGCACGGCUUCUGCGACCGGCCAGGCGAGUGCAAGUGCAGAGUGGGCUGGCAGGGCCGAUAUUGUGACCAGUGCAUCCGCUAUCCUGGCUGUCUCCACGGCACCUGCCAGCAGCCCUGGCAGUGCAACUGCCAGGAGGGCUGGGGAGGCCUCUUCUGCAACCAAGAUCUCAACUACUGCACGCACCACAAGCCCUGCAGGAACGGGGCCACCUGUACCAACACAGGCCAGGGCAGCUAUACCUGUUCUUGCCGGCCAGGCUACUCAGGUGCCAACUGCGAGCUGGAGACAGACGAGUGUGAGGCUGGCCCCUGCAGGAAUGGUGGCAGCUGCACGGACCUGGAGAACAGCUUCUCCUGUACCUGUCCACCUGGCUUCUACGGCAGGCUCUGUGAGUUGAGUGCUAUGACCUGCGCUGAUGGCCCCUGUUUCAAUGGGGGACGCUGCUCAGACAACCCCGAAGGCGGCUACACCUGCCACUGCCCCCUGGGCUACUCUGGCUUCAACUGCGAGAAGAAGACAGAUGCCUGCAGCUCCUCACCCUGCUCCAAUGGUGCCACCUGUGUAGAUCUUGGCAACGCCUACCUGUGCCGCUGCCCAGCGGGCUUCUCUGGGAGGCACUGUGAGAACAAUCUGGAUGACUGUGCCUCUUCACCAUGCUCACAUGGAGGCACCUGCCGGGAUGGUGUCAACGACUACUCCUGUACCUGCCCCCCAGGCUACAUGGGCGGGAACUGCAGUGCCCCCGUCAGCCGCUGCGAGCACGCACCCUGCCACAACGGGGCCACCUGCCAUGAGAGAGGACACCGGUACCUGUGCGAGUGCGCCCAGGGCUACGGUGGCCCCAACUGCCAAUUCCUGCUGCCAGAGCCACCCCAGGGCCCCGUGGUGGUGGACCUCACAGAGAAGUUGGUUGAAAGCCAGGGUGGACCAUUCCCCUGGGUGGCUGUGUGUGCCGGCGUCAUCCUGGUCCUCAUGCUGCUGCUCGGCUGUGCUGCCACCAUCGUGUGCGUGCGGCUACGGCUGCAGAAGCGCCGGCCACCUGCUGAUCCCUGCCGGGGCGAGGCAGGGACCAUGAACAACCUGGCUAGCUGUCAGCGAGAGAAGGACUUGGCGGUGAGCGUCAUUGGGCCUGCACAGAUCAAGAACACCAACAAGAAGGCUGACUUCCAGGGGGACCACGGUGCCGCCGACAGGAAUGGCUUCCGAGCCCGCUACCCUGCUGUGGACUAUAAUCUGGUGCCAGACCUCACGGGCAGUGAUACCGGCAGCAGUGACGCUCCUGGGCACCCAGACAUCAAGCGGCAGCCCCAGGGCUGUACCGGGGAGGAGAAGGGCAGCUCUGCCACACUCAGGGGUGGGGAAGCCACAGAGAGGCGAAGACCUGACCCUGCCUACCCCAGCACGAAGGACACCAAGUACCAGUCAGUGUACGUCAUAUCGGAGGAGAAGGAUGAGUGCGUCAUCGCCACCGAGGUGUAGACUGGAAACCAGGUGGUGAGAUCCCCGUUUCUCUGCCCUGAAAUUCCCAGGAUAUUUGCCCCGACGGAUGCUGCUGAGUGGUGAGGGAGGCGCCCAGGGCUGCUGCUGAAGAGCCCCCAGCUCGAGCUGGUUCUCUCCCAAGGCUGCAGGGGCUGCAGGGGCUGGCCACCCGUUGCACUGCCUUCAUGUCACCCUGUUGCACUAUGGGCCGUUGUGUCCGCAGGCAUGUGUGACCUGGUGAGCACCGACCAUGCGCAUACUGCCUGAGGUGGGCCCCUUGGAGUCCUGUGAGCAAGCCUUGAGUUAGAAACACCCACUGCCUUCAUUGUCCUUUUUGAUACUAAAAAUGUGUUUUUCUAGAUAAAAAAAAUGUGUUAUUUUUUUGAUUUGUAAAAAUAUUUUCAUGAUAUCUGUAAAGCUUGAGUAUUUUGUGAUGUUCAUUUUUUAUAAUUUAAAAUUUGGUAAAUAUGUAUAAAGGCACUUCAGGUCUAUGUGACUAUAUUUUUUGUAUAUAAAUGUAUUUAUGGAAUAUUGUGCAAAUGUUAUUUGAGUUUUUUACAGUUUUGU